CCAGCUUGAACGCAUCGAUGAUGGCCCACCGCCCGUGGUAUUUGAGGUCAAUCCUGGAACAGAACUUAGAACGCAUAUGUUUCCCUCUCGGCCGAGAGAAGUGUCAUUUUGAUUCUAUCCGCUCUCGUCGAGACAUUCAUUUUACACCCUUCGCAUGGUUCCCAAGUUGAGAUUGUCAAGCUGUCAAAGCCCUGAUCGCUGCUAUCUUAUGUUCGUCAGGUCAAACAAAGCCCACUUAAAGACGCUUCCGAGGAGCAUUUGAAGUUUGACGCAAAGUCCGCAAUGACGGCGAAAACAGGAACCUGCCAGCUCCUCUCGCUAUCGCGCCAGCAGCUCUCCCCGCAAGCAAGGCAACAUCUUCCCCGGGUGAUCUUCGCAUCAUCCUUUCGAAGAUGGCAGAGCAACGAAUCCUCAUCUUCGCCGAAUCGCACGAGGAGUAGUGCUGGUACUAGCAGUGAUAAAACCCGCAGCAGCAGCGGCUCGUCCAUCAGGAAGGAUCCGUUGGCUAAUAUGGAAUCACUCGCGCAAGACGUGAGGACCGCCAACCGGCAGGCGUCGCCUUUUGUUCCUCAACGGUCCAGCACAGGCACUUCUUCCUCGACAGCAGCGAGCUCAAGGCCAAUGUUUGCCAAUUUGUUCGAUACAAGGAGGCAAGCAAGAAAUGCCAUUUCGAGAAAUUGGGUGCGGACGCCAGGAGCUGCGGAUUCUCCAUCGCUCAAAUCUCAACCUGCUCCGUAUCAAAGUCUCAUUUGGGGAUCUUACUACAAUCCUUCCACCUUCGAGCACGCGCCGGGAGAAGAGCAGUUCCAAAGGCGGAGGCGUGCUCCUCCUCUCCUUGGGCCCGGCCGGAAGGAAGCAGAAGCACAAGACAUCCUGCACAAGCUCCGCCUCAACCCUGGCAAGCCGUCGCUUGCAGAUGACAGUUACAAGAAUGGCGCUCUGCUCACCAGCUACAUCUCCGAGAUGGGUAAAAUCUUCUCUCGUGCCGAGAGCGGACUGACGCGUAAGAGCCAGCGCAACGUCGGUAAGGCUGUUCGCAGGGCAAGGGCGAUGGGCAUCUUGCCUGCGAUGGCAAGAGGUGGCGGACGCGGCGCUGGAGUUGGGUGGAGGGAAAAUUGAGACCGCGAGCACGUCUUUCACGCAAGUGAAAUCUUCAAGUCUUCUGUAUUACAACGCACACCGAUCACGAUAGUAUUUAGAGUGUGUACAUG